UGUAAGUCUGAAAGACAAACAACAAUGAAGACGGUGAAUGGAACAGUGGCAUUACCACUUGUUUGCAGUCUCAUAGUCCUAUCGUUGUUUGUUUGUGUAAGCUCUGAGGAACGUUUCUAUGAUUGGACUGUUUCCUUCUCCACUCGUUCAAUCCUCGGAGUUGAGAAGAAGGUGAUUGUGAUUAAUGAUCAGUUUCCAGGACCCCUCCUGAAUGGUUCAACCAAUGAUGUACUUAACGUCAACAUUCACAACAACCUGGACGAACCAUUUUUAAUGUCAUGGAAUGGGGUGCAAUUAAGGGGAAGUUCGUGGCAAGAUGGAGUACAAGGAACCAAUUGUCCUAUACCGCCGGGGAAGAACUGGACUUACAGCUUUCAACUGAAAGAUCAGAUCGGAAGUUACUUCUAUUUCCCGUCUCUCCACCUUCACAAGGCGGCCGGUGGGUAUGGUCCCAUCCGAAUCUACAACACUCCAGUUGUUCAUCCGCCGUUUCCUUGCCCUGAUUACGAUUUAGACAUUUUGAUCAGUGAUUGGUACACCGAAGAUAUUCAGGUGUUGAGAGAAAGCCUGGAUCGCACCGGCAUGCUGAAAUUUCCCCAUGGAAUCCUCAUCAAUGGCCAUGGACCUGAACAAGCAAGCCUGGAUUUCCAGCCAGGGAAAACAUAUAUGCUGAGGAUCUCGAAUGUGGGGAUAAAAACAAGUCUGAAUUUCAGGAUUCAGGGCCACAAUAUGACGCUGGUGGAGACAGAAGGAUCCUAUACUGUAAAACACGACUUCGAUAAUCUGGACAUCCAUGUCGGCCAGUCUUACUCAGUGAUGGUUAAAGCAUUAGAGCACAAAAAUGGCGCAUCCUAUUACAUGUCGGCAUCUCCUCGUUUCUCCCUCAUGCAAGCUUCUGGAAUUGGCUUUGUACGCUACAAUCAGUUCCGGGGAAAUCCGGGGACUCCGCUCUCUAAAUCACCAUUGAAGUUUGAUCUCCUGGCUUCCUGGGUACAGAUUAAGAAUAUAAGGGUCGAUGUGGCGGUGGGAGCAGCCCGGCCGAAUCCCCAAGGCUCAUUCCAUUACGGACGGAUUAACGUGACCAGGACGAUUGUACUGGAGGGUAAAAUGGCCAGGGUGUACGGCAAGCCUCGAUACGCCAUUAAUGGCGUUUCGUUUGUGUACCCGGACACGCCAUUGAAGCUUGCGGAUCACUUCAACAUAAGCGGCGUUUAUGAGCUGGGCACUAUCCCUGAGAUGCCCCAUUUUACUUACAGACUCCUCCUAGCUCGUCCUGGCGUCUCGGUUAUCCAAACCAAUCUCCAUGAUUUCACGCAGAUAGUUUUCCACAACCCUCUCCGUUCUGUACAGACAUGGCAUUUGGAUGGCUACAACUUCUUCGUUGUUGGAAUGGGGCCUGGGAUCUGGAGCGCGCUGGAUAUGCGAUCAUACAAUCUGAAGGAUGCGGUUUAUCGAUCAACAGUACAGGUAUAUCCAUAUUCGUGGACGGCAGUAUAUGUGGCGAUGGAUAAUGAAGGAAUGUGGAACCUGAGGUCCGGGAAUGCAGAUCAAAGGUACCUUGGACAAGAGCUGUAUAUUAAGGUGAAGGGACCGGAGGAUGAUCCUUCCAAGAUUUCUCCAAGGGAUGAAGCUCCCAUUCCUGCAAAUGUCAUCAAAUGCGGCAAAGCUGCUCAGUUAUAGAUUUAGUUAGUUAGUUCGUGUUAGCUAGCUAGCUAGCUUCAUUACAUUUUUAGAUUUAGAUAGUC